AUGGCUCAUCAGGGAGCGCGUCUGCUUCUAGUGUCAUGCUAUCUCCGGGGACUAGAGACUCGCCUGGAGUAUCUCGAAAAAAAUGCGUCUCUCAGUCAUGACACGACAUCAACAGCAGUGCCGACUUAUUCAGCGAGGACUCCUGAUCCUACUACUCCAAUCCUUCACCAUGGUACUGCUCGUCAAGAAAGUCCUGCGCUUACGCGGCGGGCAAGCAUGUCAGAGCUAUCACCUUGUGAGGUGAUGCCACGUUCUGUCGUCAUUGACGCCAAUGUGUCCAUUGGAGGUGUAUCACUUGCGCAGAUGAUCAUCGCCGCUCUACGUUGCGAUGACCAGGUGAGGGCAGAGGCCAUGACCACCGACCAUGACAUUCGUGGCGGCCGAUAUAUUCUACCUGACGAGGACAUGGACCUCUAUACUCUCCCGAAACAUAUAUGGGACAUUCUUGAACGAUUUUUCACCUCUCGCCAUAUACUUACUCCUGUAUUCCACGUUCCUAGUAUCCGGUCAAUAUUCGCGGCAGCCAUCCGUUGCCCACGAGGGCAGCGACACCAGCACCAAUCUAGUUUUAUCCUUCUCAACAUGGUCCUGGCUCUCUGCACAUCGCACUGGAUAGUUGAUAUGGAAGCCAACUCGCAUAAUGCGAGGAAAUAUUAUGACAUCGCUAUGACCCUCUUACAACCCAGUAUCUUUCGCGACUGGAAACUGGAACACGUCCAAGCUCUUUUAAUCGGCGCUCGGUAUCUCCAGGGAUCGAACUGUGCAAAUGAAUGUUGGAACAUUCUAGGUCUUGCUAUCCGCAUUGCCCAAGGGUUACGACUUCAUCAAGAUCCACCAAAGACUGAUCCAGUGCCACUACGAGAAAUUAAGCGAAGAACAUGGUAUGCGGCAUAUACGCUUGAUAUCCAUUUUAGUAUGAUAUAUGAGCGCCCAUCAACCAUAAAAUCGACAGACUUCUCUACUCUCGUUCCCGAAGAUCUAGACGAUGAUUGUAUUAGCGAGAAUGGACUACUGUACCCCUUCCCACGACGGCCAUCAUCGAGCAUGUCAUUCUUCUUACAAGUAAUAAAACUAUCCCGAAUCGUCGAGAACGUCCUCUUGCGUGCAUCCGGGGAUGCAGUCCGCGACUCAAAUAUCGUAGAGUUGAUCACUGUAUUUGACGACGCUUAUCAAAAGUGGCGCCGUGAAAUCCCUCCGCAUCUCAUCCUUGAUAUUAAGAACGCUUCGUUAGAUUCAAUUGGUGCCGUUUCAGAACCCUCAUGGAUCCUGUCUUUACGUGGUAAUAUGGUUCGAAUCUUGAUCCACCGACACUCGUUGGUGUGGACUCUACGGCGUCUUGCCAAACACCAGCAUGAGGAGGACUCCAUGUCUAUAGGAGCACAACAGCGCACCACUCACGACCCCGACCGUUACCUGGGCAAUUUUCCUGCAGCCACGCAAACUGUGCAUCCGGAAAAUGAGCUAGCAACUGGCUCAGAAGUGAAUCUAGGAAAUCAAGCGUCAUUCGGCUAUAGACAAGGUUUUCCAAGUCUGGACACGCAUGUGGAAGAGUUCAAUAAAGAGGGCUUUCCAGAGCCGAUGUGGCCGUUCACUAGCCAGUACUCGUUUGGUACACUUUUCUAG